GUGAGCUCGGCGGCCUCCACGUGACUCGGCGGCCGCGUCGGCGGUUCCGGCGGGCGCGCGACGUCUCUCGGAGAACUGCCAUGUCUGGGAAUCCUGCGCCCAACCCAGAACAGAACAACAACAGCUAUGAGCCCAAACCCUCCAGCUUCCGCAUGUCUGAGAAGAAAUGCUCUUGGGCCUCCUACAUGACCAACUCUCCAACACUCAUUGUCAUGAUUGGCCUGCCAGCCCGUGGCAAAACCUACGUGUCCAAGAAACUCACCCGUUAUCUCAACUGGAUUGGUGUGCCCACCAAAGUGUUUAACCUCGGCGUGUACAGGCGGGAGGCGGUCAAGUCCUAUAAGUCCUAUGACUUCUUCCGGCAUGACAAUGAGGAGGCCAUGAAGAUCCGCAGGCAGUGUGCCCUGGUCGCCCUGGAAGACGUGAAAGCGUACCUUACCGAGGACUGCGGGCAGAUUGCGGUAUUCGAUGCCACCAACACCACUCGGGAACGGAGAGACAUGAUUCUGAACUUCGCCAAGGAGAAUUCCUUCAAGGUGUUCUUUGUGGAAUCUGUCUGUGAUGAUCCAGACGUCAUUGCGGCCAACAUCCUGGAAGUGAAGGUAUCGAGCCCGGACUACCCUGAAAGGAACCGAGAGAACGUGAUGGAAGAUUUUCUGAAGAGGAUUGAGUGCUACCAGGUCACCUACCGGCCCCUGGACCCUGACAGCUACGACAAGGACCUUUCCUUCAUCAAGGUGAUCAACGUGGGCCAGCGGUUCCUGGUGAACCGGGUGCAGGACUACAUCCAGAGCAAGAUCGUGUAUUACCUCAUGAACAUCCAUGUGCAGCCCCGUACCAUUUACCUGUGCCGCCACGGGGAGAGCGAGUUCAAUCUCCUCGGGAAGAUCGGGGGAGACUCUGGCCUCUCCGCGCGGGGAAAGCAGUUUUCCCAGGCUCUGAGGCAGUUUCUGGAGGAGCAGGAGAUCACGGACCUGAAGGUGUGGACGAGCCAGUUGAAAAGGACCAUCCAGACGGCGGAGUCCCUGGGGGUGACCUAUGAGCAAUGGAAGAUUCUCAACGAGAUCGACGCCGGUGUGUGUGAGGAGAUGACCUACGCGGAGAUCAAGAUGCAGCACCCCGAGGAGUUUGCACUACGAGACCAGGAGAAGUACUUAUACCGCUACCCUGGCGGGGAGUCAUACCAGGACCUGGUGCAGCGGCUGGAACCCGCCAUCAUGGAGCUGGAGCGCCAGGGCAACGUCCUCGUCAUCUGCCACCAGGCUGUCAUGCGCUGCCUUCUGGCCUACUUCCUGGAUAAGGGUGCAGGAGAGCUGCCGUACUUGAGGUGCCCCCUGCAUACCAUCUUCAAACUCACUCCGGUGGCUUAUGGCUGCAAAGUGGAAACAAUCAAACUCAACGUGGAGGCUGUGGACACUCACCGUGACAGGCCAGCUAACAACUUCCCCAAGAACCAAACCCCUGUAAGGACAAGAAGGAACAGCUUUACACCUCUGUCCAGUUCGAAUACAGUAAGGCGUCCGAGAAAUUACAGUGUUGGGAGCCGGCCCCUCCAGCCCCUCAGCCCUCUCCGUGCCCUGGACGUGCAAGAAGGGGCCAACCAGCCGAAGAACCAAGUCAGCAUUCCGGUGGUGUGACCGUGUGUUCCCUGCAGCCUGCCUCCUGCCCUUGUCACUAAUCCCCAAGGACCCCCGCGCUUGCACCUGCCCCCUCUGCCUCCCACCUCCAGCCCCAAGCCCGGGUCGGCUCCAGAAUGAGGGGACUUAGCCACGCCACAGUUGGGGGUGUCUCCCCCACCCAGGGCUAGCUGAGCUGGACACUGUAGGAUGACCCUUGGGGGGCAGAGGGCGUCUGGAGGACAAGGGGUGCACUGUCCCACCGUGCCUGGUCCUCCCCAUUCUGGUGUUUAAUCUCUGUUAUUACGAUGGCUAGGCCAGCUGGGGUGGGCGCAGAGCAUGUUUCCCCCCUCUCCAUCUCUUCGGGGUGUGUCUCAGCCCUUUCCUGCCUGCUGCCCACCCCACCCGUGGCAUUGUGACGGGUGUGUCUGUCUGAGGAAGGGUGGCAGGCAGCAGGCCAGGCUCCAGCUGGCAUCCCGGGAGGUGCCCUAUGCAGGCAUCUGUUCUCCAGCCAGGUCUUGUCAGGUGGACUCAGUGAGCUUGGGCCCAGUUCUCCGGCUCCAGCUGUGGCAUUUAGAAAUCCUCAGAGCCUCACCACCUUUUUGGCACUGUGGGGUUGAGGCUGAAGAGUGGGAGGGCUCGUUUUCCCCUUGCCUUCCUCCGAUUUGCCUGGGAUUGGGGUCUGAAAGAGCGUGUGCAUUCUUCGUGUCCCUGGGACUGCGUCACUCCAGUUAGAAAUGCACUGGGGGGUGUAGGGUGUGGAGAUGUGGCAGGCCCUUGAAUUAGGUCAUUGGGAAACAAGGGGCAUGGAGCAGAAUGACGUUCUCUGGGGGCUGGUUUAUUUAGUCUUUUAAGUCUGCAAGAGCCUGUUAAGAAAAUAGGUGAGGACUUGCUGUACAAAACUGGGUUAGCAGUUUCUCAGAUAAAACAGCUUAAAACUCUGAAUUCUCGUGGUUCUGAUGAGUCUGUUGUUAAGAAUUAAGUGUGAGCAGAUCGUAGGGUUGAAUAGCGGCUCCUCGAAAGCAGGCUGCUGUGCUUUAAUGGGUUAAUCCAGGUUCCAGGGCCACCUGUAAUUCGUCGCAUCUGUGGGUGCGUGGAAUCCAUCACUGUUACCAACUGCCCUUAGCCUCCCUGUAGCGUGAGACAAGCUGCCUCCAGACCUUGGUUCUUUUGGAAGACAAGUGAGGGGAAUGCCCUGCAGUGCUCAGGAGCUAUUCUUCGUUCUGUGCUCAGGAGUGACCCCAGUGGUGGUUGGGGGUAGUACUGGGGUUGUAAGGCCAGUGCCUUGUACUAGCUCUCUGACCCCCAGUCCUUGAUUCUUGCGUGUCCUAUGGAGUGGUGCAUGUGCUACUGCCCGCCUGGUUCUGUCCAGAAUUCCAUUUAAGACAGAGCUACCUGCUGCCCCUCUUUAGGCCUUACACGGUGUGGCCACCAUGGCGUUCUUGCUUCCUGGGAAGGGAAGCACACAUCAGCACAGGGAAGUGCCUUGCUCCAGGGGAGGUUGUCAGAGGAAAUAUGCGUAGUUUGUGAUGAAUGGCCACAGCAGAAUGGCAGCAGGCUGAGAAGACAGGGUCUGGGAGCAGGUAGGAGGGAGGACAGCCUGGGAGUGUGUCCAGUCCCAUCCAGGGCCACCUCGGCUGGAGUCUCUGGCCCAGCCAGACACUGACUUCGCCACUGCUCUGUGGUGAGGGUGGUUCAGCGCCAGGUUGUGAGGGGGGAGUAGAGGGAUCUUGGACUGCAAGACCUUGGGGUCUUGGUUUGGGUCUACCUGCUCACGCAUCUAGGUACCCAUCUGGGCCCCAGCUGCAGACCCACAUCCCCAGGCUCGUCAUUUGCCUCCAGCUUACCAGUGCUGCCAGCUGCUAGUUUUCCCAGAAGAGGAGGCUGAGAGGGUGUAUUUCAUCACACAGCAGGAGAGUCUGACCCUUUCUCAGGAGGCCGGAGAGAAGAAUCCAGGAGCAAGGCUCCAGGCUCCUGCCUCCUGCCUUCCCUUCAGGAGUAGGGUCCUUUCUUUGGGCUUGCGGGUCUCAGGACUCCUGACCCCUGCUUUCCUGGCAUGUUGCUGUGUUUGUGUGUCCAGUCCUGUAGAGGAGGGGCCAUUGUUCUCGUCAGCAGCCUGUGUCCCAAGACAAUGUUGAUUUAACUUUACUCUGCCUGUGAGUCUUCCUGUCUGAUGAGUGGAGAUACAGAGUGAGGUCUGCGUCCAGAUGUUGACAGAGGAGUUGGCACGGUCUUUUCCCAGUGCCCCUUUCACUGGGGAUCUCUAAUAUCCAUGUGUUUGUGUCAGAAUUGCUUGUGUACAUUUCUUCCUGUACACAAUAAAUAUUUGUUGGAGUGACAAAGUUGUCUCGUGUUGAUGGUGAUGUUUUGCCAGACACACAGUGCUGUUCACCUGCUGCUCCUUGGAGUAGAGGCGGGUUGGUUGGGGGUGAGCUGGGGGUACAGGCCACUCUGCAGGUUUCCCAGGCACUAAGUCUUUACGGCAUUCAGGUCUCAUCUGCUGGCCUCUCAGGUCCACAUAAGGUGUGAAUGACGACCUCAACUAUGUUCCUGUGAGUUGUGUGAAGAACAGAUAAAUAAAAUUGCUAAGUACUUUG